AAGAAAACUUGGCCAGAAACGCCCACUUCGACUUAAGCCAAUCAAGUCCAAGGAAGUUUUACGUCUGGACGUCAACUUGUCAAAUUUCCCGCGAACCAGUGUAGUAGUGUGUGCAUAACGAAAUCAACGAAUAGACCAAAAUGGAAAGGGAGAUUUUAUACAGACUUGCGUCGAAAAUGGGGAUAACAUCUCCUAAAAUACGAUGUCGAGCAGAGGAGUACAUGCGGUUAUCUCAAGUAAAAUGCACGGGCCUUGGCAAUAGUACGGCCACUGGCAAAGCAGUCAUAUGUCUAGAGCUUGCAGCAACAUCUUCGAAGUUUCCCUUAGACAAGGAAUAUGCGAUCAAAUUAUCUGGGCUGAAUAAGAAGUUGUAUCAAAGCAAUCUCCGAUCUAUGGAGGCCAUGCUAGGACUCAACACAAACCUGGGCCUCCGAGACCUGGCUGUCCAGUACGGGUGCAUGGAGGCAGUGAAAGUUGCUGGUCAGAUACUUGAUAGAUAUGAGGAGAGUCUACCCGCCGCUCAACAACAGGAUCUAGAUCUGGCAAAACCCCUUUUCACAACUGCUGCAUUGUUCACAGCAUGCAAGUGCAUGAAAAUCAAAGUUGACAGGAAGCUGGCGGCUUCAUCUGGAGUGAAGAAGGGGAUCUUUGAUAGGCUUUGUACUCAGAUGAGCACCAUAGGACAGAAAGUCUGUAGUGAAGCAGCUUGUUUAAAGGAGCCAGUGAAAAGGGGACAGAAAAGACAGAAGACACUGGCAGAGAACUUUGAACAGAAGGAAGAAGCGGAGGUCUUGCCAACGUCACCUAAGCAACGGAAGGAAGGGGAGUCGGAGGAGAGCAUGAAAGAGGAUUAUGAAGAAUGGAAGAGAAAAAUCUUAGAAAACGCCCUUAAGUCAAAGCAAGCAGAUGCUUCAGAAACAAGUUCUAAUUGAUCUUCUCUGACUGUGUUUUUUGUUUAUUUAUUUGACUGUGUUCAUAUUUGGCUAUGACAAGUAUGAAAGGACUUAUCAUUCACCCUGCCCCCUUGUGGCUCAAUAUGAACAUUGUGGAUUGACAACAUGAAUUUUUCUUAGUGUUUUAAUCUUUUAAAUGUACACUAAUUCCACCAAUUCAACAGAUGUUUUGUUAUUCUGGCACUACAUUUUCUUUUUUUUUAGUUUCCAGGUGAAAACUGUUGAUGCUGGCAAGUCGUGACAUUAGGGUGAAACCAGCGUAAAUACCAAAUGGGUCAUUAAAGACACCUUUCUUUUUCUUUUUUUUUGAAUAAAGAACCAUUUUGCA